GAUAGAGAGAGAGAGAGUGAAAAUGAGUAAAUAAAGGAAGACCCGGGCGGGCAAUUCGACCGUAGCCGAGGAAGUGAAGUGAGUGUUAUUGUUUCGUCGUUAAAUAACCUAUCCAUUGAGUGAGAUUGAAUACAAUGCGAUCAGAGUAGCUUUCCUGGGAUUAGAGAACUUCCACGAUUAUCCUCAGGCAAUCGCCGAAAUUGAAAACCUGCUUCUCGGUGAACUAGCGGAGACGAUGAAGUCGAUCGAUCGACCAAGUUUUAUUUUAAAAGACCAUCGAUGGACUUAAUGAUGCAUCCGCGAUGCAACCAGGACAAUUGGUCGAAAUGUGUCUCGCACAUAUCGCGAGAGAUUAUUGUAGAGAAAUAAUCUGUCGCACAAAGAAGUUCACUGAAUACUUUACGAAAUCCUUUCACAGAGAAGGGAAUGCUUCGAGUGCACUCCCAGAAUAGCGUGUAUGAGCAGGAGGCGAAAUUUGUACAGGAUCGUAUAACAGGCGUGGAGAAGCACUUCGCUGAACUAUGCACGAUAUUUGCAGCGUUUACCAGGAAAGCGGCCAGACUGCGCGAUAAAAGUGACGAGCUUGCAAAAGUAAUACAGGUCUAUGGUGAUUCGGAAACUAUAAAUCGAUCCAUGAGUACUGGAUUGGCGAACUUUUCCGCAACAUUAUCAGUCGUCGAGAUGCAGAAAUACAAAGAUUGGACGCGAAAGUAAUUGCGCCUCUUUCACAGUACGCAAUGAUUUGCAAGCAUGCACGCGAUGUUGUAAAAAAUACCUUCGCAGCACGCGACAGAAUGCACAGGACGAAGGCAAUUGGACAAAGUUCGAGAAAGAAACCCUAGGAAUCGUCAAAUGGUAGUAUCCUUACAAUUAAAACCUCA